AUCACGGUCAGCUGUUCGAUGAGGAAGUAAACAACGUUGAACUGAACCGGGCGACACGACGGAGAAAGGACCGGCUCGACAAAUGACGUCUCUGAUCUGCACCUUACAAGACCACCGAGAUGACAUCAACUCGUGUGCCUUCUCCGGCAAACUGUUUGCCACGUGCUCCGGGGACAAAACCCUCAGGGUAUACAACUCCCGCGACUUCUCCGAGCUGCCCUUCUCGCCGCUGUCGGGACACGGAUACGGCGUCCACUGCUGCUGCUUCAGCCCCUGCGGACAGUUCCUGGCCUCCUGCUCCACGGACGCAACCACGAUGAUUUGGUCCACCGACACCGGCGAGCUGGAGGCCGUCCUGGAGCAUCCCGGGCGGAGUCCAGUGAGGGUCUGUGCGCUCUCUCCGGACUCCGCCCACCUGGUUUCUGGAGCGUCGGACGGCUCUCUGGCUCUGUGGGAUUUCCCCUCCAAGCAGCUGCGCAGGACCGGGGCGGUGAAUGACACGACCAUGGUGGCCUGCUCCUUCAGCCCUUGCAGUCAGAUGUUCAUGACGGGCUCCACCUACGGGGACCUGCGCCUGUGGGACCUGGACGUGAACCAGCUCCACGUGGAGAAAAACGCUCACGACCUGGGGGUCACCUGCUGCACCUUCGCUCCCAGCAUCCUCAGCGGUGGUGAAGUCGUGCAGUUCCGUCUGGCGUCCUGUGGGCAAGACAGUCUCCUGAAGAUCUGGGUCGUUACCAAGAUCACCUCUGGAGGUGCUAAGAUGCGGCUCCUCCACACGUUGAGGGGCCAGGCGGCCCCGGUCCUCUCCUGUGCGUUCUCCUCAGACGGGCAGCUGCUCGUGUCUGGCUCUGUGGACAAAACUGUGACCAUCUACGAUGCUGAGAAUGCACUUUUGCUUUACACAUUGAACCAGCACGAGAGAUACGUGACGGCAUGUUGCUUCUCUCCAACUUCACCACUUAUCGCGACAGGAUCCAUGGAUAAGACUGUGAACAUCUGGAGGCUGGAGGAUGGCUGCAGUGAACGUGAUGGGAAGUCGUUGCCUGGAGGGUCUGAUCUGACAAGUGAAGGGAGAAGCUCGGCGAGCCGAUCCAUGCUGCUGGUCAGCGAUUGGUCGGAGGGGGACGUGUCUGCGUGGCUGGAGGGGGAAGGCCUCCAGGGAUUGGUGGACAAAUUCAGGGCCAACAACAUGGAUGGGACGGAGCUGCUCCGUCUCACCAAGGAAACCCUGACGUCAGAGCUGCACAUAGAGUCAGUAGGCCUGCGCAGUAAACUCCUGAGGAAGGUGGAGGAGCUGAAGAGUGGUUCAGUGUGUUCAGGCGUUCCUGACGAGUUCUUGUGUCCGAUCACCAGAGAGCUGAUGAGGGAACCAGUCAUUGCUGCCGAUGGAUACUCGUAUGAGAGGGAGGCCAUCGCUGGCUGGAUCGGCACUAAGAACCGCUCCAGCCCCAUGACCAACCUCCCUUUAAUGACCACGCUGCUCACCCCUAACCACACCCUGAAGAUGGCUAUUGGCCGCUGGAAGACCACCCACUAGCAUCCCAACUAUUUCCCUAAAGUAGACAAACCACAGCCAUUUCAGCUAUGGGUGCCAAUGUGGCUCCAAAGGAGGCAUCUGCACUCGGGCAGCGUCUUUGGUUGCACUCAUUUGUAAAGAUGCCAUUUUAAACCACUGGGGAGCAGAAUUGUAGCAACAACUCUGAAUGUACUUAAUGUAUCUGAAGUUCGACUGGUCGUAACAUUCCAUGAAGUAGCUGCAGAGCGAUACGAGGGGGCGGCUCCUUUUGGCCACCUGAAGAACGCAACUUCAAAAUGAUCAUAACAACAAAGCUCUGCAGAUGGUUUUGAGGUGAUUUUUGCUUUCUGGCCUGCAAAUGUUUUAGUUCACUCUGCCUUCGACGAAAACUGAGAAGCAUUUGGCAGUUAAGAGCUGGAUGUUUCCCUCGGGAGGCGGUGGAGACCAAACACCGAGCUAACAGAGCGCGAAAUUUAGUUUCUUCAGGUGGCUACUUGCUCUGCUGGAUGUGUUUAAUUAAAUGUAGUCAAUAAAGUGAUGAUUUGUGCUCGACUGUUAGGGAAAGGGGUCGGUCUGAUAUUGUAUAAUAAAGUUCUGUAGAGAAACCAAUUCACAAAAGAAAUAAGUACACAUGUAAUCAACACUGCAGGCUUCUGAUUUUCUUUUAAGUGUACAUGACUAACAUUUUGACUAGGCUCACCUUAAACAGGCACUUUUGUUUAUUUUAAUUAGUCCUAUUUCUAAAUAUAUGUAUGAUUAAAGAUAAUUCAUAUACUAAUCCAAACAUGUAGCUUCAAAAUAAAAAUAAAAACAUUGAUUGAAUGGCCGUAAGUGUAUUUUAUAAUCAUUAUUACCUUUCUUUGAUUGAACAACCAAAAAACAAUAAUCUGAGUUUCUGAAAGCUACAUAGUGGGGCCUUAAUUUACAUUUGGAUGAGGAACGCCAUUAAAAAAGAGUAAUGUUGGAACCCUUACUAAACCACUAUUUGCACAUUGUUGGACCGAGCUUGGUUCAAACCUGGUGGGAACGGCUACAAUUCAGCACUUGAUAAAAUGAAUGACAUUAAUGAAGAUAUUUCCUAGAAUUUGCCACGUCCACAUUGUUAUACAAACAGUUUAUUUUGAUGACGUGAUUUUCAGUUUAGAUAACUUAAGUUGUACCAUAAACCUUUUACCCUUCCACACACUCUGGAGCUGAGGCAACAUGUGAUGGAGUGUACUG